AUGGAUCCACUAAUCGGAAACGCAUCUCAUUAUACUCCGACUCGUUUCGCACGAACCGCCUGUGAAGGUAAGAUCGGUUCAUCGAAGCUUCCCCCGUAAGUUUACCCUGUUGCAGUAGCUGAAAAUUUAUGGGAUCGUGGAGCUGGAUGCGGGAGAACAUAUCGUGUCCGGUGCAUUAGCGACGGAGCACCGCGUUUCUGCAAGACUGGAGUAGAAAUCAAGGUUCGUAUUCAGGACAGGGCAGCAACCAUGCGGAGCCAAGCUUCGGAGUAUGGCGCUGAUAUGAUAAUCGCAGAAUCAGGUUUCAGAGAGAUUGCAGAUCCUUUUUCAAGUUCAGUUCCGAUUCAGUACGAGGAGGUUGCAUAGAUCUGAUUAUUACUAUAAUAUUAGUUAGUUUUUUUUUUUUUUUUUUAAAUAAAAUAAGUAGAAGAGAUUGUUAUGAAGGCUUCAUGCACUGUGUUUUAGUUCUCCAAGUUUUCAUCGGAAGGUUUUGUUAGUAUGGUUUCUAACGAAUAUGUACAUGUAGGAAAGGAAAAAGAUAGUGUAAAUGUUAUUGGAUUUUUUUUUGUCUUUCAUUUGUUGUUCCUGUCCAGCUUUAAUCAUUUAAUUCCCUUUGGAAGUAGGCCCCCUCCUUUAACAGGGUGAAAGAGGCACAAUUGCAUCUGAGUUUCCCUUUAAAGACCCAAUCAUGGGUUUCAAUUCUCCAAAAUUGUACUCACAGGAUGUUGGCUUUUUUUUUUGGGGUAUGCAUGCUCUCUUUUGGGAGAAGGUAAGGUCUUUUGGCUCCUGAGUCAAUUUCCCUGCUGCUGCUGCUGUUGUUAUUAUUGUUGGUUUUUUUAAUAGAUUUAGAAUACAUAGUUUUAUUCUUUUGUGUUUGUUUAUUUUAUUUGAUUCCUCUGCAACCGAAUGAAAUGUUAACGUUUUUCUUCAACUGGGAUUCGUUGCUGUGUUGUGCUUUCUUUUCUAAUUCAGGAUAUCUGCCCUGUUUUACCUGGAUUGAUGUGAUGAGAUUUUGAUUUGUAGUUGUGUUUGAAUCUUUAGGGUAGAUCUUAGCGAAAGGCAGUGUUGUGCUUUCUUUUCUGAUUCAGAAUAUCUGCCCUGUUUUACCUGGGUUGGUGUGAUGAGAUUUUGAUUUGUAGUUGUGUUUGAAUUUUUAGGGUAGAUCUUAGGGAAAGGCAGUAGUUUUUAGAGUAGAUCUUGAUACCGUGUCAUGUGUGUUUCAAAUUACUGAUGCAUAUCUUCUAUGUUUCACUACAAAGUGAAUGAUAACAUGUAAAAUGUUUGUCCAUUUAUCAACAAGACAUUUUAAGGUUCAAAGCUUCUUUCUUUAUUGGCUUUCCUUUUGUAGAAGUAGGGAAUUCAAAU